GCGCUGUGUUCUCUAGAGUGGGGGUGUUAAAAGGAGGAGCAGUCGGUUAUCCUCUAAACAUCCAGCCGAAAGGACAUCACCAGAAAUUUGGAGAAGAGAAAGACACAGCGCAAAGAUGCCGGUGAUGGAGAAGCUAAAGAUAUUCGUAGUGCAAGAGCCUGUUGUUGCAGCUUCUUGCCUUAUCGCUGGUGUGGGUCUUUUCCUUCCAGCUGUGGUAAGGCCUAUUUUGGAUUCCUUCGAAACAAGCAAGCAAGUCCAGCAGCCUGCGAUAAGUGAUGUGGUUGCAGGUGUUCGUAAAAAGCAGGCAUAAAGUGACUCUUAAGAGCUAGUGGCAGAGUAUGAUUCUCUCUACUCUCUUCGGUUCUACCUGCUUUGUUUUCCCUCCAUCCCGAGCAGCAUGAAAUAAGCCUUUCCUUUAAAUUGUUAAACACUGAGAAGAUCCUUUUUCGUACAAGUAUAUGAUUAUUUUGUUGGUAUGCUUAUUAAACACUUUUAAACGAUUGAUGCAUCGUUUGAAAUCAACUGCUUUCCAUUCCUUUGUCUGAGCAAAA